GCCAGUCCCGGGCGCCAGUCCCGGGCCCGGAAGCCUCGGCCCCGGCCGCCCGGAGGUCGGUCAAGAGCAGCAUGGGUCCUUGCGCUGAAAUGAUGCAAUGAACCCCUCCCAGGUUGUUGAUAAACCAGCCCAGCUCCCAGCCCUCCCCACAGCUGCCGGUGCCGGGACAGCUGUCAGCCCUCCAGACAGAAGCCCGAGGCCACGAUGGCAUCUGGAGCUGGCCAAGACACCACGAUGGCCAAGGCACGACUCCAAGCAGCGCUGCGAAGCUUCCAGUCCUCCGGGCGACCCUUCCAACUGAUCCAGCAGGACGCGCCCGGCACGGCUGCAGCAGCACCGCGGAGAUGCCGGGCGCUGGUGGUGCUCGACUCGAGCUUCAACCCGCCCACGCUGGCGCACAUGCACAUGGCGACGUCUGCCGUACGAGAUCUACGGAAGCAGCAGCAGCAGCAGCAGGACAUGGCGACGGCAGACGGCCUGGCGGAUGAGGUGCGGCUGCUGCUGCUGCUGGCGGUCAACAACGCCGACAAGGCCCCCAAGCCGGCGACGUUUGAGGAGCGGCUGUUGAUGAUGGAGGCAUUCCGACAAGACAUACGUGACAACGAGGCAACAACACUACCGGUCGACAUCGGCCUGACGACGCAUCCCUACUUCCACGACAAAUCCGCCGCCAUCGCCACGUCGCCCGAGUAUAACGACCCACAACAAACGAAGCAGAUAUUCCUCGCCGGCUACGACACCCUGACCCGCAUCUUCACGCCCAAGUACUACACAUCGCCGGUGCCCGAGGCUGGGGUUGACCCGCCGCGACCGGGCAAGACGCCGAUGCAGAUGGCCCUGGACCCGUUCUUUGCGCGGGCCCAGCUGCGGGUCACGAUGCGGACGGACGACGACUGGGGCGGGCGGGAGGACCAGCUGGGCUACAUAGAACGCAUCAUGCACGGCGGGGAGCUGGAGGAGGUCGGGGGCCGGAGGGAGUGGGCGGGGCGCGUCGAGCUGGUCGAGGGCACGUCGGGGGGCGCCGAGGGGGGGGUUGUGAGCAGCACGCUGGCGAGGGAGGCCGUCAGGGCCAGGGAUUGGGGCCGGUUGAGGGAGUUGGUGCCAGGCGAGGUCACGAGGCUGGUCGAGGAGGACGCGGUGGCGUGGUGAUGCAGUUUCCCGCGCAGCACUGGCAGUACACCUGGGCAGAUCGGCACACCGUCGUGUGUCCAUACUUGUGAGUGUCAGAUGGCGAACACAGGAUGUUGAUGUAUCGCGCCACGCCCAACCACCGUCACGUCGCGUGGGACAACUGACAUCACACCCAGUAGGCCAGUCACUGCUCGGUUCCUUGCCAACUGCCAGGCAUCCACAGAACUCACUGGCACAGGUCAAGGCUUAGAGGCAUUCUACAGGGGAGUCAAAUUUGCUCUCUACUGUGUACCUCGGCUGCUCUGAAUGAGCGGCUUGGACUGACAUCGGGCAUGGCUCCACACAUCCUCGAGCCUCACACAGUACUGUGUAGAGAUCACUUGUUGCUACUAUUGCGUUGAAAGGGCACUGUCCCGAGGCUGUCCCAUGGCAGGACUGCCUGUGGGAGAUGGUCCCAAGGGAGGCUGUCCCAUGGCAGGACUGCCUGUGACCAUUGGCCUUGAAUGCUGAGCCUCAAUAGUCCUGGGCAGUGAGCUCUCUGAACUGUCUUGCGUAGAUGUGUGACCAUUAGGAGGAGCAUCCCAGUGAACGAAGAGGGUGAGGCCCGGACAGACCGUGCCUACACACACAGUACGUCGACAAGCGCACGCAACAGACCCAAGACCCAGCUGUGAAAAUUUGAAUUGCGCCGUGCACUCCGGCCCAAGUCAUUCAACUUUUCCACUCACUGUGGGUCCCCAACCCCGGUCGGCCGC